AUGUCAACCAAAGCCCCUCCUCCCAUACCUCCGCGACCCUCUCGCUCUCCGAACAACGCCAACGCAAACCCUCCGAAGAUACCCCCACGCCCUACGAGCCGUCCAGAUAGAAACUCACCCCCAAAGCUAGACAGUUUUGCUCCAUCCCCACUGAAUGCGCCGCCUUCCUCUAGAUUAUUAGGUGCUGAUUCACCAAUUGAUCCUUCCAUCAGGCCUGAUAGCGCUACUCUUCCUCCAACCGCUCCAAAGCUUGUUGAGCUGAGGAACCCCGUUACGCAGGGAGAAAAGGUAGCCGGAUACGGGGUAGAACAGCCCGCAGAGACAAGAAACGUUCAUCAGGACCUUCAUCUACAUGCACCUCGGCCAUCAUUGCCGACUUCAAGCGCAACAGCACAGGUUCAGGCCGUGACUCGGACAGACGCCUCACAUGGACAUGAAACAGGAUCGGAGGAAGAUGUCAGUAACCAGUCACUAUAUUCUAAAUCAGGCAUUCCUCAUAUCCAACUGGAAUCGUCAAAUGCGUCAGCAAGUCAGAAGUCUUAUCCCAAUGAUGAAGGGACCGCUGCCCCGGAUAUGGGACAGAGGGUGCCUAUGUACCCUAACGCGGGAUAUGUACAAGCACCAUCCCCGUCACCUGGGCCAUCCAGCCCCAAUGAGCAUCGAGAUAGUCACAGCCGGACUAAAAGUCGACAAGAACCCCCAGGCAGCUAUGGUCUUCAUGGGCACGGAGUAACUCCUGAUGACCCAUUCGAAAAAUCAUGGUACCAAAAACAUCCAAAAGAGCUGGCUCUGGAGGAACAGGCGUUUCAUGCAUCAGGUGUUGGCAGUCCACGUCCGGACUGGGCAAUGAGCAGUGAGGAUCUGAACAAGAUUGUCAAAUCAUCCCGAGUUACAGGUAGCAUUCCUUGA